AUGGUUCUGCGUUAUCCGGCUUAUUCCGGUUAUUCCUGUUAACAGCUAGUCAGCGACGGUGGAAGUCACAGCGACAGUUGAAGCUUUAAACCGUAUAUAACUUUUAUCUUGGGUUUUUUUUUCGAGGAUUUACUCUGUUUCUUCAGGUACGACAAUGACCAACGAAGAUAUGGUUAAAACCCAGCAGAGUCGUCUUGGCGAGGGAAUGCGUCUGGUUUUUGACCAGGAAUCCUCAGUGAUGUCCAGAUCUUCACGGAGCAGCAGCAGCAGCAGUAGUAGUAGUAGUAGUAGUGAUAGUGAUAGUUCCUACUCCAGCGGUGAUCGAAGUAGAUCCCCGUCUGUGUCGCGCAGGUCACGGAGACGACACCGCCACGGAUCACGCUACUCUUCGUCUUCAAGCAGCAGCUCCCACUCUCGUUCACGUUCUCGUCCGCGCUGCUGCCGAGCUUCAGGUCGUUCCCGUUGCCGUCGUCAUCGCCAUCGAUCUUGCUCUUGCAGCCCCUAUCCCAGGCGCUCAUCCCGUUACGGGCGAGGAAGAUACUCGCGCUCUAUCAGCCGCUCUUCUUCCCGGGAACGUUAUUACAGGAGGUCAAGGAGGUCCCGCUCUCGCUCCUCAAGCUACAGGAGAACAAGAGGUGCCUACAUUGGCAAGUUCAGGUGCCGAUUCUCCCCUUCACCCGUGAGGAGAUAUUACAGGCGCGGGUCGAAAUCUCCAGAGCGGUCCGUUCGGCUUAGUCAGAAAGACAAAAUGGAUCUUCUGAACAUUGCCAGAGAGAAUGCAUCGAAGAUUCUGGGAGUAGAGGUGGUGACGCUGCCUGCCAGCGUGAGGUGUAUUGAGGAACAAGUGGAAAAGACGUUAGGGUCCGACACAGAGAAAAGGGUGAGAGCAGCCCCGGUGCCGCCGCAGGAUGAAGGCAAGGCAGAUGUUGAGAUUUCUAGAACAUCUCCAGCAAGAAAAACUAUUAACUUCAGUAUCAGUAACGCUGUCGCCAAGCCAUCAAGCAGCCCGACGCUUCACGUUACAGAGAGUAAGGUAACGUCCAGAGCAGACCGUGUGGGGAACAGGAUGCCAUACGGACAGUGGAUCCCUGUCAAGUCGGUUUCCACUAAAAAGCGCUGAUCCUCUAGUGGUGGAGUUUAUUAGUGCUGUGUAAAUAGACUGUGUAUAUACUGUAAAUAGUCUUUUCAUAUGGGGAGGAAAUGUGAAAAUAGUGGAUUCAUCAGGCGUGUUUUGUUUCAGAUGUAAAGUGGUUUAAUUUGGAAGAAGACGAGUGGAUAUCAAACAGGUGGGAGGUUUUGUGUGGUUUUUUUUCUGUGCUAUAAAUAGUUUCUAAAGUGAAAUGAAGUGAAGAAAACUGUACAAAUGAGACAUUAAACUAUUAAAUUCAA